AUGGUUUCGUCUACGGUGGUUUGUGGCUCAACAAAUUUGGUUUUUGAAUUAGAUCAUGACACUAAUGUUGUCGCGGUGAAAAAGGAGCAAAGUGACAAUGGCCGGAAAGAGAUUGCUCUAGGCUGGAAUAUGCACACCCCUUGCAGCCUUGACAUCAAGGAACCCGAGGCUAAUGAUGAGCUGACCGGAGCAACAGAAGCUUAUAUGGCGGAGGUUUUGGCAAGAUACACGGAUAGAUGGCUUGAGAGGACUAAAAACAACCUAGGAUAUCAGCUGAAUUCAGACUUUAACUAUGAUGCUCUUGGUCCUUUGCAACGAUUUUCAAUUAACAAUGCCGGUGAUCCAUUUAUCGCGGGCAACUAUGGUGUGCACUCAAGGGACUUCGAAGUAGGUGUUUUAGAUUGGUUUGCUCGUCUUUGGGAGAUCAAGAAGGAUGAAUAUUGGGGAUAUGUUACGAGAGGUGGAACUAAAGGAAACCCCCAUGGCCUUUUUGUAGGGAGAGAAAUGUUUCCUGAUGGAAUUUUGUAUGCUUCGAAAGAGGCACACUACUCGGUCUUCAAAGUUGCACGUAUGUACCGAAUGAAUUGUGUUAAGAUUGAAACACUAGCUUCUGGGGUGAUUGAUUGCGGAUAUUUGAAGGAAUGUCUUCUUAAGAACAAAGAUAAACCUGCUAUCAUGAAUAUAACCGUAGGUCGGUAA